UGUGGGUUCUCCAGGUGCUGCUUCUGCUCCAAGUGCCACGGGAAGGGCGAGGCGUGGGCACGGGCAUGCAGAGGCGUGUGUGGCAUGAAUGCAGCGUGAUGGCUGUUCCUGCUGGGUACACCCUCCCCGUGCUGAGCAGCCGGAAACACAGAACACGCCGCCCCUUGCGCCCUCGUCCGCACAGGAGUGAGCACGGUGGGCAGCCAUGGCGACGUGUAAAGCUAUCCUCCUGCUCGGCGGCCUGGGAGAGGCCUUGCUGCUUUUCUCAGAGAGGAGGGGCGCCCCGAGAUGACGAGGUGACGAUGGAAAGGGAGAUGGAACGGGGCCCGGCGUGGGAGCAGACGCCCGGCUGCGGAGCUCGGACGGGGGUGAGGAAGCCCAGCACCGCUGGGGGCCGCUUCCCCUGCGCCAGGAGCUCCCGGGUCUCUGCUGCAGAGAAUGGACCGGUGCCUCUUCCUCGAGAGGCUCGCCUGAGCCCCACCUCUGGGUGUGCGGACGCCCCGUGGAGGCGCCGCUCACCAGCCUGCAUGCGGCCGCUGCUGGAGCCGGCACAGGCGCUGCUCUCCCUGCUCAGCUCCGUGGGGGCCGCCCCGGCCUUUGGGGUUUGGUUUGUGUGUUUACAUCUUCGGAGCCUCUGGGGCAUGCAUCCCUUCCUCGCGCUUGUGUGGGCUGGUCCGAGCCUCACCCACCCACUCACGGGGAUCCCUCCCGAGGGCGUCCAUGGCUUGGCCGUGAGAAGCCAGCAGGGGCCAUCGCCCCAGAGCGGGUGCCAAAGACCUGACGUGUGCGUGUUCCUUCUGUUGGGUUGUUCAUAUUAAGUUCACACUUUUUUUUCGCUCACCAUUCAGUUAACCUGACACGAAGCGAUCACCACAGCAAAGAGGUGGAUAAGCCGAGGGUGUCCUCCUGGGCAAGGGAAAAGAAACAGGCGUCUCACAUGGACACACACCUGUUAUAGUCACUUCCUAAAGCUCUGAAUCCACUCGUUCCCCAUAUCUGAGGAGGUUCCAGCCUUUGAACACAAGUAUACUUUUCAGGCCAAUUAAAGGUUGGAUUAAAGCACUAAACUGUGCCUCAAUGGGACUCAAAAGAAAUGAAUUUGCAUGAAACGGUUGUUUGAUUCUGAGCCCACAGUGAAGGUUUAGGGAAACAGUGCUGAAUCCACGUCUCUGCUCAGAGGAGGUGUGUGACUCCUCACCUCUGCCGGUGUCGGCCUGGGGCCCUUGGAGAUGCAGGAGGGCAGGACCACCCCCCCCCGUCACCAUGGGAGCCCCCCCAGGUCGCCAUGGAGACCCCCCUAGGUUGCCAUGGGAGCCCCAGCCCCAGGAAGGCUCCUGCCCACCCUCCGCCCAGGAGGAACAGGUUGGGCAUGGCCAUUCCUUCUGCGUGUCCCUCCGACACGGUGAGGAAAGGCGGCAGGAAUGGGUCUGUACACGUGGAGUUUGAGUGCCUGUCCUUGCUGGUCUCUGCUGGCUGUCCAGGUAGUCGGUUUCCUCUGACCCUCACCGGGAUGCCGGCCGUCUGCGGAUGGAGGAUCAGAUGGAAACCCGGGUUCAGAGUCUUGUUCUUUUGCUCCACGAGACUCUGUAACCGAGGCCACUUCUCUGCUGUUCGUGGAAAGAGGCGUCUGUCCAAGGGUCGCCGUGUGUCUCCCGUGGCGUCUGCGGAGAAUGGGAGGCUCCUGGAGCUGAAAGGGCCCCAUCCCAGCAGGACGGACCCCACGCACUUGGGCGGCAAAGCUGUAGACCUUUUUAUAAAAGAGUCUCCAGCAAGAGUUUCUGUUGUUUGAGCUUUACCCUCAUG